CACGCUGCCCGUCUGCGCUCGGCUCUCUGGGACGGCGCUCACCAUGAGGCUCAUCCCUGCAGGUGUCGUGCCCUUCGUGGCCCUGCUACUGCUGCAAAGGAGGCCGGUGGCCGGGCGGGCGCUGCUGGGGACGGGCUCUGCCUGUCCCACCAACGGGCUGUGCAGGGCCAACGUCCAGGAGCAGACCCGCAGGCAGGUUGCACUGCUCAACGCCACUGCGCAGGACCUCUUCAGCCUCUAUCUGAAGUGCCAGGGAGAGCCGUUCAGCAGCGAGAGCGACCGCCUCUGCACCCCCAGCGGCAUCUUCUUCCCCCCCUUCCACGUCAACCGGACCACCGAGAGGAAGGAAGUGAUGGUGGCCAUGUACAAGCUCUUCGCCUUCCUCAACGCCUCACUGGGGAACAUCACCCGCGACCAGGAGGAGCUCAACCCCACGGCCAAGGAGCUCCUCGACCGCCUCCACAACACCACCAAGACCACUCGGGGCCUCAUCUCCAACCUCACCUGCCUGCUCUGCAAGCACUACAACAUCUUCCAGGUGGACGUGAGCUACGGGGAGAGCAGCAAGGGCAAGAGCGCCUUCAAGAAGAAGCAGCAGGGCUGCCAGGUGCUCAGGAAGUACGUGCAGGUCAUCGCCCAGGCUGCUCGUGUCCUCCUACCUCACCUCAGCCCCGCAUGAGCCCCGGCCCCCGCGCCACACCGCGACCGGGACAGUGGACAUCUCCUUGCACCCAUCUCACAGAUGGGCACGGCGAGGCCUCUCCACCUCCUCACCUCUCGCCUUCCUAUUUAUUACCUCCUGCUGAUGCUGCACCGGAUCCGGGCCAUGCCAUGCUUUAAUUUAUUUCCCCGUUCAGGGGAGGACGCGGGCAUGGGGCUCUGUCCCCCGCACCCUGGAGCCCCAUGGGGAUGCUCAGCCCCACAGCUCGGGGCUCAUCACAGACGUAGUGAAAAAUCAGGAGGAGGAGACCCGCUCCCAACGGAUGCCCUCCAGCAUCCGACAAAAGAAAUGUUCCCCUCCUGGAUGCGCUCACACCCACCGCAGCCAGCAGGGACGCUGGGGACGCGCUCCCACCAUACACUAUGGGGCCGGCACCC